AUGAAGCUCCAAAAUCUUCUCUUCUUUGCAUUUGGCUUGACAGCUGCUGCUGCUGCUGCCAUCUCUGUUGAAGAAGAUGUGGCUGCAGUUGCAAACCAUAAGACAACAACUACAGCCUCAACCAAGACAACCUCAACCAAGACAACCUCAACCAAGACAACUAAAACAAAGACAACUACCACAACUACAAGCACCAGCACCAGCACCAGCACCAGCACCAGCACCAAGACCAAGACCAAGACCAAAACUACAACCACCAAGGUCAGCAAGCCCACAGGAACUCCCUGUGCCGGCAACAAAGCCAGCAACAGAUCCAAAUGGUGCAAGUACGACACCAGCACCGACUACACUGAAGUCGUGCCAGAUACAGGCGUAACCCGCGAGUACUGGCUCACUCUUGAGGACCUGACAGCCGCACCAGAUGGCUUCAGCCGUCCAGUAAUGGCAGUCAACGGGUCCAUCCCCGGCCCAACAAUUAUCGCAGAUUGGGGCGAUUGGGUCGUUGUGCACGUUACCAACAACUUGCUCACAUCCAAGAAUGGCACCAGUAUUCACUGGCAUGGUAUUCGUCAGAACUAUACCAAUGGCCAGGACGGCGUUGUCUCUAUUACCCAGUGUCCGACUGCUCCUGGUGAUACUAUCACCUAUAAAUGGCGGGCUGUGCAGUAUGGUUCUUCGUGGUAUCACUCUCAUAUUGGUCUCCAGGCUUGGGAGGGUGUCUUUGGUGGGAUCAUUAUCAAUGGUCCUGCGACGGCUAAUUAUGAUGUUGAUCUGGGCAAUUUGUUCUUAACGGAUUGGUCUCAUCAGACAGUUGAUGAGCUUUAUUCAUACGCUCAGACUAUCGGUCCGCCAAUUCUGGACACUGGGCUGCUGAAUGGGACUAACGUCUAUGGUAAUGGCUCAACGGCAACUGGAGAGCGUUUUACAAUGAGAUUUGAAAGUGGCACUUCGUACAGACUGCGACUUGUUAAUUCUGCUGUUGACACGCACUGGAAGUUUAUGAUUGACAAUCAUACUUUGACUGUGAUUUCCGCGGACUUUGUGCCAAUCAAACCAUUCACCACGAACUAUCUCAACAUCGGAAUGGGCCAACGCUACGAUGUGAUUGUAACGGCCAAUCAACGCAAGGUCGCCGAAUCCUUCUGGAUGCGUGCCAUCCCCCAAGAAGCAUGUUCCGAAAACGCCAGCCCAGACAACAUCCGGGGGAUCGUGCACUACAACAAAAAAGUCAAGGAACCAACAACAAGUCCCUGGUACUUUGCAGACGACGGAUGCGUGGACGAGCCCGCCGCCAGCUUGGUCCCCUACGUGCCCAAAAGCGUCUCCGCUGCAGACUGGAGCGAUCUGGAGGACGUGACGGUAGGCCGCAACUCGGCGAAUCUCUUCCGCUGGUACCUCAACAGCACGUCGAUGCAAGUCCUCUGGGAAGACCCGACUCUGCUUCAGGUCUUCAACAACCAGACGGACUACAGUGACACCAGUGGACUGAUCAAGCUGCCUAAUGCCAAUGAGUGGGUGUAUCUCAUGAUCAAUACUACCAUCCCGGUCACCCACCCCAUCCAUUUGCAUGGGCAUGAUUUCUUUGUUUUGGCGCAGGGUUCUAAUCCUUGGGAUGGAAGUGUGAACACUAAUAAUCCCCCGCGACGAGAUACCGCUAUGCUUGUUGGUAAUGGGUAUCUGCUUAUUGGCUUUGAGACGGAUAACCCUGGGGCUUGGUUGAUGCACUGCCAUAUUGGAUGGCAUACCGAUGAGGGAUUUGCCCUGCAGUUCUUGGAGAGGGAGGAGGAGAUUGAUCCUUUGAUUGAUUUCGAUGCUUUGCAGGAUAAUUGUGCGGCGUGGAAUACUUAUGAUGUCACUUAUAAUAUUGAACAGGAGGAUUCAGGGAUCUAA